AUGCCUGCUAUUCAACCUUCCUCUCACGUCUUGGUGACCGGAGCGAGUGGUUAUAUUGCAAGUUGGACAUGUCAAUACUUACUAGAAGCUGGUCAUAGAGUACGUGGAACGGUUAGAUCGAAAGAAAAAGGAGAUUAUCUUUCCAAAGUCUUUGAGAAAUUUGGUGAUAAAUGGUCUUAUGUUAUAGUAGAAGACAUUGAAAAGCCAAAUGGGUUUGAUGAAGCUGUAAAGGAUAUCUCAGGAAUUGCUCACGUCGCCUCACCCUUCCAUAUGAACGUAAAAGAUCCAUACAAAGAUUUAAUCAACCCAGCCGUAAAUGGAACCUUAUCAAUCCUAAAAUCAGCUGAACGUGAAGGAAAGAACGUUCAAAGAAUCGUGAUCACUUCAUCAUUCGCAUCAGUUGUGAAUCCUACAACCGAUCUAAAUCAUGUUUUCAAUGAAACUCAAUGGAAUGAACAUUCUCCCAAAAUUGUAGAAGAAAAAGGGAUUGAUGCUCCUCCUGCUGAAGUUUAUAGGUCUUCUAAAGUAAUGGCAGAAAACGCGGCUUGGAACUUUGUUAAAGAAAGGAAACCUGACUUUGAUUUAGUGACUCUUUGUCCACCUUACGUAUUAGGUCCAAUUAUUCAUCAAGUCAAGAAUCCUGACUCGUUGAAUACGAGUGUGAAAUUGUUUUACAAUUAUCUCGUAGGAGAUAGUGACGCAGAAUCUGCGAUAAAACCUUGGGGCUCAGAAGUAGACGUACGAGAUCUUGCAAAUGCUCAUCUUCAAUCACUCGUCAUUGAAAAAGCUGGAGGCAAUAGAUAUGCAGUUUGUAAACAGAGCUUUACUUGGCAAGACAGCUUAGAUGUGAUUCAAGAAAAAGGUCAAGGAAAAGAAUGGCCAGAUGCAACAAAAGGAGAACCAGGUAGCGGAAAGUCUGUCAAACAAAAUUUAUAUGAUGCUUCGAAAUCUGUUCGAGAUUUAGAGAUGAAGUAUAAAACAUUUGAAGAGACUAUCAUAGAUAUGAGCAAUUCAUUGAAAGACCUUUCCAAGGCGUGGUAA